AUGGCCGGGCCGCGCGCAGGAAAGUCCAGGGCCAACGGCGCUGCCAAUGGGGACGCGUCCAAUAACAAACAAUCGCUUGCAGAGGCAAGUGAUAAGGAACUCUAUGGCGGCAACACCGGCGACUACGUGAGCUCCAUCGCCGUCGACGAAGCAGACGACGACAUGGAGGAUGUCCAGCUGAACGGCCGAAGCCUAGUAGGUCAAUACACCGCGUCAAAGGAAAUGAUGAACGAGUUUGCACACGGAGAUGCUGGUGAGGCCGACAUCCUCGACAGUCGCGAGAAGCAAGCGCAGAUCGCGUCGCGCGAAACUGACUACCAACGUCGCCGAUUCGAUCGCGCACUCUCGCCCUCGCGAGCCGACCCCUUCGCGGAAGGCGGCGAAGGUGCUGGCCAGUCCUACAAAGACGUCAUGAAACAGCGCGAAUUUGAGCGUGAGGAAGCUCGUGUUCAGCGUCUUAUAGAAGAGAAGGAAAAGUCGGGGGGCAAUCAAGUUCUAGACCACAAGGCCACGCUCAAGGACGGCGGCUCACCACCUCCCGUCGACGGCGAUAAGACCCCGCCCAUUAAGAAGACUCGCAAGAGGAGACGCUGGGACGAGGCUGCCGACGAGAGUGAAACAGCGGCGAUCAAGGAAGACGACAAUGAGGGCACCAAAGUCGAGUCCGAGCCGAAGAAGCGUUCACGAUGGUCACCGGCAGUCGAGGAAACCAAAGCUCCCGAAGCUGCCGCACCAGCACGAUCACGCUGGGAUACCACUGCGGUAGCCCCAGCCAGCGCUGCUACGCCCGUUCCCACAGCAAAUGGGGCUGCCGUCACCCACACGUUCGCAUUCGGCACCGACAUCUCCAAUCGCAACGCACCCCUUUCCGACGAGCAGCUGGACAUGAUGCUUCCUGGUGAAGCUGAAGGCUACAAGGUCCUCGAGGCACCUCCCGGCUAUGAGCCAGUACGACGACCAGUCGGUGUAGUACCCCAACUUCCGGCGGGAUACCAGGGUUUCCUGCUACCAGAGGCUGACAACAGCUUGGCCGCCAUGGGCAGGCAGCUGCCAACAGAAAUCCCCGGUGUGGGCGACUUGCAGUUCUUCAAGAAUGAGGACAUGAAGUACUUUGGAAAGCUCACUGACGGCGCCGAUGAGAACGAGAUGACUGUGGAGGAACUCAAGGAGCGCAAGAUCAUGCGACUGCUUUUGAAGGUCAAGAACGGAACACCGCCCAUGCGAAAGACGGCACUUCGUCAACUUACAGACAAUGCCCGGCAGUUUGGCGCAGGUGCGCUCUUCAACCAGAUCCUUCCACUUUUGAUGGAGCGCACAUUGGAGGAUCAGGAACGCCAUUUGCUCGUCAAGGUCAUUGACCGUGUCCUUUACAAGCUUGAUGACCUUGUUCGUCCUUAUGUCCACAAGAUCCUCGUCGUUAUUGAGCCUCUCCUUAUCGACCAAGACUACUAUGCUCGUGUGGAAGGUCGAGAGAUUAUUUCCAACCUUGCAAAGGCCGCUGGACUUGCUCACAUGAUCAGUACAAUGCGCCCGGACUUAGACCACCAAGAUGAGUAUGUGCGAAACACCACUGCUCGAGCUUUCGCAGUAGUCGCAUCCGCCCUCGGUAUUCCUGCGCUGCUACCUUUUCUCCGCGCUGUUUGCCGGUCGAAGAAGUCGUGGCACGCACGCCAUACCGGUGUGAAAAUUGUACAGCAGAUUCCCAUUCUCAUGGGCUGUGCUAUCCUACCUCAUUUGAAGGGACUUGUGGAGUGUAUUGGCGAGAACCUCAACGAUGAACAGCCAAAGGUCCGCAUGGUCACAGCCCUUGCGCUUGCCGCCCUGGCUGAAGCUGCCAGCCCUUACGGUAUCGAAUCUUUUGAUGACAUCCUCAACCCGCUCUGGACCGGAGCUCGCCGCCAGCGUGGCAAGGCUUUGGCAUCUUUCCUCAAGGCUGUGGGCUACGUGAUCCCGCUGAUGGACGAAGAGUACUCUAACUACUACACCAGCCAGAUCAUGGAGAUUGUCAUUCGCGAGUUCCAGUCACCCGACGAGGAGAUGAAGAAGGUUGUGCUCAAGGUCGUCUCGCAGUGUUCCAACACAGCGGGUGUCACUCCCGUAUACUUGAAGGACAAUGUUUUGCCUGAGUUCUUCAAGCACUUCUGGGUCCGCCGUAUGGCACUCGACAAGCGUAACUACCGCCAAGUUGUUGACACUACCGUCGACCUGGCACAGAAGGCAGGUGUUGCUGAGAUCGUUGGUCGUAUCGUUAGCAACAUGAAAGACGAGAACGAAGCAUACCGUAAGAUGACUGUUGAGACCGUCGACAAGGUCAUUAGCACUCUAGGCGCGCACGAUGUCGACGAGCGCUUGGAGGAGCAACUCAUUGAUGGUGUGCUCGUUGCUUUCCAGGAUCAGACUAUCGAGGACCCCAUCGUUAUCGACGGUUUCGCCACGGUCGUCAACGCGCUCGGUGAGCGUACCAAGACCUACCUUCCACAGAUUGUUGCAACCGUUCUUGCUCGCCUCAACAACAAGUCAGCUACAGUUCGCCAGCAAGCUGCAGACCUCAUCUCGCGGAUCACGUUUGUUAUGCAGAAGUGUGACGAAGACCCACAGCUGAUCAAGCUUGCUCAAGCACUCUACGAAUACCUUGGUGAAGAGUACCCCGAAGUUCUUGGUUCCAUUCUUGGUGCCCUUCGCGCCAUCGUCACAGUCGUCGGCCUUCAUGCCAUGCAGCCCCCCAUCAAGGACCUGUUGCCCCGCCUGACACCUAUCCUACGUAACCGACAUGAGAAGGUACAGGAGAACACCAUCGACCUUGUCGGUCGUAUCGCUGAUCGAGGUGCAAACUACGUCAACCCUCGUGAAUGGAUGCGUAUCUGUUUCGAACUUCUCGACAUGUUGAAGGCUCACAAGAAGGGUAUCCGUCGUGCUGCCAACAACACCUUCGGUUACAUCGCCAAAGCCAUCGGUCCCCAGGAUGUACUGGCUACACUUCUCGGUAAUCUUCGAGUCCAGGAGCGUCAGUCCCGUGUCUGCACAGCUGUUGCCAUCGGUAUCGUUGCUGAGACCUGUGCGCCUUUCACUGUUCUUCCUGCAUUGAUGAACGAAUACCGCGUACCGGAGCUGAACGUGCAGAACGGUGUACUCAAGUCUCUAUCAUUCAUGUUUGAGUACAUUGGUGAGAUGGCCAAGGACUACGUCUACGCUAUUACACCACUUCUGGAGGACGCUCUCAUUGACCGAGAUCAAGUGCAUCGUCAAACUGCUGCAUCAGUAGUCAAACACGUUGCCUUGGGCUGUGUUGGUCUUGACUGCGAGGAUGCCAUGAUUCACUUGCUCAACCUCCUCUGGCCAAACCUUUUCGAAACUAGUCCACAUGUCAUUGACAGGAUUAUUGAGGCCAUUGAGGGUGUCCGAAACGCCGUUGGCACACCGCUCGUCAUGAACUAUGUCUGGGCAGGUCUAUUUCAUCCCGCUCGCAAAGUUCGGCAGCCGUACUGGCGGAUCUACAACGAUGCGUACGUCCAGAACGCCGAUGCGAUGGUCCCGGCUUUCCCGGCUUUCGAUGAACCGGAGGUGCGCAGGCACGAGCUGGACAUUUUCAUCUAAAGGUAAGUAGUUUCCCAUACUUAUUUUCUCGGACAUCAUUGCCGGCCAGCGUUGCUUUUUGUUUUUAUCUUCGGCGGUGAAUUGACAAGGGCUUUUUUUCUUAGCUUGAGAGGUCAUGGGACGACGUAUUCAGGGAGUGAGUGGACUUGCCGGCACUGCUUAUCAUGUACAUCACACUAGGGCUGGGUCGGACGGAGUACAUUGGCGUUCACAAAGCACGAUGAUCAAGGACGUGUGAGUCAGAGUCACCCACCGGUGACGAUUUUCUAGUAGGGACCAUUUAUGGUAAACAAAAGGAUAAUUCACAACCACC